GUUCUUUGCCGGAACCCCACUCAACAAUCAAUACCCUCUAAACCCUAACUGCCUUUCUUACUCUAACUCGCGCCUUCUUCGUUCUACUGGUUCGUCCUCCACGUUGUCUGAGUCCAGCAUUACCUGGGCGUCGCUCUGUUCAGUCUUCACCAUCGUCUCAGUGCAAGUGAAGAGCAAGAGAAUUUCCAGUGAUGGCGUCCAGGCCAGAGCUGCUUGCUCCGCCUGAGAUUUUCUACGAUGAUACUGAAGCUCGCAAGUACACAUCUUCUUCUCGCAUCAUUGAAAUUCAGGCGAUACUUUCUGAAAGAGCUCUGGAGCUACUUGCCUUGCCCGAUGACGGCAUUCCCAAGUUACUCCUAGACAUUGGUUGUGGAUCAGGACUUAGUGGAGAGACACUUUCAGAGAACGGACACCACUGGAUUGGUCUGGACAUUUCACCAUCGAUGCUUAACAUUGCAUUGGAGCGUGAAGCUGAGGGAGACCUUUUACUUGGUGAUAUGGGUCAGGGUUUAGGGGUUCGCCCUGGAGUUAUUGAUGGUGCCAUUAGCAUCUCUGCAGUUCAGUGGUUAUGCAAUGCUGAUAAGUCUUCUCACAAUCCAAAAUUAAGAUUGAAGGCUUUCUUUACAUCUUUAUACAAAUGCUUGACAAAUGGAGCUAGAGCAGUGUUUCAGUUAUAUCCUGAAAAUCUACAGCAGCGUGAAUUGAUUCUAAAUGCCGCAAUGCAUGCUGGUUUUUCUGGUGGUAUAGUCGUGGAUUAUCCUCACAGUUCAAAGAAGAGAAAAGAAUUUCUUGUACUCACUUGUGGUCAACGAUCGAUAAACACGUCAGUCACCAAGGGCAAGGGUGAAGAUGGGGGGAGUUGCUCUGACGAAGAAAGUGAAGAUGAAGAGAAUCAAACGGUCUGUAUCUCAGAUAGGCAUAGACCUAAGAAGAAGCAGAAACAUAACAAGAGUGGGAAGGGAAGGGAAUGGAUACUGAGGAAGAAGGAACAGAUGAGAAGAAGAGGAAAUUUGGUGCCUCCGGACACCAAAUACACAGGUCGGAAACGCAAGGAUCGCUUUUGAUCCUGUUUGUUUUGCCUCCGAAUUUACUUGGUUAUAUCAUGUAGCCAUUUAGUCCCGACCAAGUCUUCGUCACUAUUAUUUUAUCGGAGCAUAGGAUUCCGAACAAUUUUGUGAAUUUGGAUUAAUUUUUUUUUUUAUAUCAUCAUAGCCAAUCUGGAGACAGAUUUUGUGUGUUUCGGGUCAGGUAAAAGAUUGUCUUGUCUUCUUAAUCUACCUCUAAUGCUUUGUAAUCCGUGAAGUGAAAUGCUCAAAUAUAUUGUUGCCUUAGAUAGCCGCUGUAUCAAAGCUCAAAUUGUUUUUAUGUAAAUUGAAAUUCCUGUUUGGAUUAGUGGAAAUUUGGAUUUGA